GAGCAGCAUCAGGUGGGGUUGUCUCGGACCACGGGGCCAAUGCAGCCUUCUGUCCCGCCGGGCUCCAGCAGCGUGGGCACAGGCACGAGCUCCGGGGGCCCCUUCUUGGGAAACCAACCUCAGGCGGCCAUCAUGAAGCAGAUGCUGAUUGAGCAAAGAGCCCAGCUCCACGUGAUAGAGCAGCAGAAACAACAGUUUCUAAGAGAGCAGAGGCAGCAGCAGCAGCAGCAGAUCCUAGCAGAGCAGCAGUUGCAGCAGCAGUCCCAUUUGCCUCGGCAGCAUCUGCAGCAGCAGCGGAGCCCGUACCCAGUGCAACAGGUCAAUCAGUUCCAAGGUUCUCCCCAGGAGAUAGCAGCAGCGAGAAACCAAGCAGCCCUCCAGAGCAUGAGGACGUCGCGAAUGCUGGCGCAGGGCGCGAGCAUGAUGGCCAUGGGUCCCUCACAGAACCCCAGCACGCUGCCCACGCCCGCAGGCCA